AUGCUCUGGAGGAGAAACAACGAGAUGGAGCUGCUUCUUCUGCUGUGUUUGGUUGUGAACUUUAUGGGACGAACGUCAGCCUCGGUGGAUCAGUACAGCAGAGCCGUGGACUGGCUGAGCAGGUAUGGCUACCUUCCACCUCCUGACCCACGCACCAGCAAACUGCAGACCAGAGAGGGGAUUGAGAAAGCUAUCCGUGUCAUGCAAAGAUUUGGAGGGCUCCCUGAAACUGGGUUACUCGACAAUGAAACAUUCAAACUCAUGUCCACACCACGAUGCUCCCUUCCGGAUAUUGUUGGAGGUGAAGACAUGAGGAGGAGGAGGAGGAAAAGAUACGCCUUGUCAGGCCUGAAGUGGCAGAAGACAGACCUCACGUGGAGUGUCCACAGCUACCCUACACCCUCCAUCUCCACCAACCUCCCCAAAGAUCAAGUGGACACGCUCUUGUUUAAUGCCUUCAAAGCCUGGAGUGAUGUGACUCCCUUAAACUUCCGUCAGUUGCGUGGAGCCAACACGGGGGCCACAGCUGGAGGGGACAUCAAAGUGUCAUUUGCCAAAUUGCUUCAUGAUGAUGGGUACCCUUUCGACGGACAGGGCGGCACUCUGGCCCACGCCUUCUUCCCUGGUGAUCAAGAUGUAUCUGGUGACACGCACUUUGAUGAUCACGAGACCUGGAGCUAUGGAGGUGACAGCAGCACCACAGACUUGUUCACCGUAGCUGUGCAUGAGUUCGGCCACGCUCUUGGCCUUUCUCACUCGUCCUCUGAUCCCUCCAUCAUGAGACCGUACUACCAAGGAUCAGUGGGAGAUGUGUCCAGGUUCAGGCUGGCCUUGGACGACAGAAUGGCCAUCCAACAGCUUUACGGCGUGAGAAUCAAUGGAAGGCCAGGUGUUGUUAAUCCUCCCCCAACACUCCUGCCUCGUCCGCCUCCCCCAAGACCAACAAAAAGUUUUGAUCCUUCACCUCAAGAUCCUCAAGAUCGGUGUCAAGGAGGCUUCGAUGCAGUAGCAAAUAUCAGAGGAGAGGUCUUCUUUUUUAAAGGUUCACACUUCUGGAGAACUAAGCAAGACAGGUCUUUAGUGUCCCCACGGCCUGCACGAAUCCAAAACUUUUGGAUCGGGCUCCCUCCUGGAACAAAUAAGAUCGAUGCUGUUUAUGAGAGGAAGAGUGACAACAGGAUCGUCUUCUUCAUCGGUUCUCAGUACUGGGUCUUUGAAGCAACAGUGGCCAUGAGUGGGUACCCUCGGCCCCUCUCUGACUGGGGCAUACGCAGGAAAAAUGGGGCUCUGGUGGACCGGGUGGACGCAGCCUUCAGCUGGGCCCAUAAUGGCAAGACCUACCUGUUCAGUAAUGGGGAGUUCUGGAGGUUUGAUGAGAGUCAUAGGGGUGAUCAGACGAUCAAGCAGCCAGAUGCAGACUACCCACGAGACAACAGCAUCUGGGGAGGAGCACCAACCAACAUGGACGACAUCAUCACCUGGGGAGAAGGAGAUACCUAUUUCUUCAAGGACAACUUCUACUGGGUAUUUACAAAAGGAGGACUAAACCAGGAGUACGUUGCUCCAAAGUCCACUGGGGUGGACUGGCUCAGAUGUCCAGCUCCUCCUCCAACGCCCAAUCCUCCAGGUCCUCGAAACCCAACGGGAUGCAUCUGUCACUUUAACGGCUCGUCUCCAUCGCUUAGAAGCAGCUUUCUACUCCUGAUCUCUCUUUUACUCACGAUGAAUCAAUUUGUUUUGAUAAUUAUUUAA